UUCUUGCGCCAUGGCAAUUCGUUUUGAUUCCCUGCCCCUGAGGGAUCGCACACUGGCGGCUCUCAAGGAAUGCAAUUUCACUCACAUGACCGAGAUCCAAGCGCGAUCCAUUCCAAGGCUGUUGGCGGGGUCGGAUGUGCUGGGAGCAUCUCGCACUGGCACCGGAAAGACUCUAGCCUUCUUGGUACCGGCAUUGGAGCUUCUUAACCGGGUGCAAAUCAAGCCAAGGAAUGGGACCGUGGUUCUUAUCAUCUCCCCUACAAGGGAACUCGCAAGCCAGAUCCACGGAGUCGCAUCCAAACUUAUGUCAGCGCACAGCCAGACGCAUAUGGUUAUCACUGGAGGCUUGAACCGUAAAGUCGAGGCUGUGAAGCUCAAGGCUGGAGUGAACCUUUUGGUUGCUACUCCUGGCAGGCUCCUGGAUCAUCUCAGGAGCACUGCCGGAUGGAUCUAUCACAACUUGAAGUACUUGGUGAUCGACGAAGCGGACCGGUUGCUUGACAUCGGGUUUGAAGAGGACAUGAAUCAAAUUCUUCGUUUCUUUCAGAAUACAAAGCGACAGACUGUGCUCUUUUCUGCGACUCUAUCAGAGAAGGUAAAACAGCUUGCGAACUUGUCGCUGAAGGAUCCAACGUACAUCGGGGUGGAGUCCAUUGAGCAAUCGACUGUACAAGGUUUGGAGCAAGGCUACUGGGUGGUGCCACUCGAGAAGCGGCUCUUACUUCUCAUCUCAUCCCUGUACAGAAGUAAGAAAAAGAAGGUGAUGGUCUUCUUCUCCUCGUGUAACUCAGUCAAGUUCCACUUCGAACUGUUUUGCCACAUUGGCUUGGAGUGCCUGAGCAUCCACGGGAAGCAGAAGCAAUCGACGAGGACUUCUGCCUUCACGGAGUUUUGUGCCGCGGAAAAUGGCCUCCUUCUUUGUACUGGUGUUGCAGCCCGUGGCCUGGACAUUCCUGCCGUUGACUGGAUUAUCCAGUAUGAUCCUCCUCCUGAUCCGAAGGAGUAUAUCCACCGAGUUGGCCGGACUGCUCGGGGAGAGGGUGCCCGUGGCCGAGCUUUAUUGUUUCUGCUGCCUCAGGAGCUCCUGUUUACUUAUGACCUUAAGCGUGCUAGAGUCCCCAUAAAGCUGUGGCCAAGCUCGAAGCCGCUGAACAUUCAAACCUUCCUUGAAACUCAGAUACUCAAGAUCCAAGGCAUGCAGCGCUUGGCAGCGGACGCCUUCAAGUCUUACCUGCGCUCGUAUCAGGCGCACACGGCCGCCUUUGACAUCCACAAGCUAGACUUGCAGGCUCUUGCAGCAUCGUUUUGCCUCAAGUCGAUCCCGCCCAGCUGCACCAGCAUUCACAGCAACGCGGCCAAGCACAGAAAGAAGAGAAAGGGAGCAGGGCAUGAGUUUAGUGCUGAAGACCCUUACGGGAAACGGAGUAAACAAGGGUAAACGAUGUAAAAACUUUAGAAUGACAACAAUGUCAAGAGUUGUCUACGCUAGCAUGGAAUUCCAAGCGGCUUCCGCGGAUGAA